CAACAGUGGUGGCAACAACAUGCUGCAACACUUGACCCAUAAACACAACGUUUCGCUUAAUCCGGUUAUGCAUGCAUCUGGAUUAACGUUGGCCCAAGCGAGAAAACCUUUCGAGAAUCCUCACGGUUUCUGUUCACUUUCAGUUUGUUUUCGCGACUUUACGACACUUUUUAGGUAAUGAAUGGGAUUACAGUUUUUUAAUCCACUCGACAGGCGGUGUCAGCUAUAAAAAAAAAUGGCAAUAAUUGCAAACAGCAGCCAUAAAACAACAAAAAAAAAAAUGGUGACCCGCACCCGAGGCAACAUUUUGACCUGUGUGCAUCGAAUGCGGUUGGCAGCGCGGUGUCCGCUGUCUUAUGAAUGACCGUCGGCAGGUCAUAAACUCAACAUCAUCUCGAGUAUAAAAUGCAGUUACAACUCGGUUGAGGACAUCAAACGCAGUCGAGAUGUGCAACCCACAGCAACUCAAGCAGCAGCAGCAACAGCAGCAAAAGCAAGAGCAGUCUUCAAGUGCAACGGCAAGUGAAGCUGCCACAGCAACUGCAACUGCCUCUGCAACUAAUCUUCCUGCCUCUCCUCCGUCGCCUUCCUCCGCUUACGUUUUGUACUUGCAUCGUGAGGAAAUUAGACGCCGCAAAACGCAUUCGGCUCGUGCUUCGAUGACAAAGAUUCAGCUGACCAGUGAACUGAUUGCGAGAACUAAACAAAACAUCAGUCGCUGCAGCUACGAGGAUCUCGAGAUCUUGGCCAGAGAGACGCUCUUCAAGAAGAAUCUCCAAAGACAUUUGCACUAUCGACGCAUGCAAAUGCAAGCUUGGAUGGCAGCCAAGAAGCAAGGCAAGAUUGCCAAAGUGACGACGGCUUAAAAGAGCAGCCAAGAUCCGUAAUAUA